AUGCGGUUCCCUACUUCCAUACCGAAACGACUAUCUAAUUUCGCAACCAGCCGCGCUUGCGUCUGUCGCUCCCUACAUACCAAGCAGGCAGAAUUUAUCACCCUUGACUCUAAAGGAUCCCUGGUGACCCAGAAUGUCAAUGUUGAUUUGGGGCAUGCCCACGAGGCUUUCACAAUGCUCCCAAAAGAGAUUGGUUAUGCCUUCCAAGCAGGCAUAUACUCAAACAGCAGAUUGCUUUCUGUCGAUUUGUUGGCAAGAGACUCAGACCAGUGUCCCCUAACUUUCUAUCAUGAUUCUCAAUACUUUGCACAUGAAUCAUUACCAUAUCCUCGGCUUGUAAUUCCUCAGGACCUUCCACGUCAGUCUGAUGCCAAUACAAGCCCCGCCACUCUCCAUACCUUUGGAGCUACUCAUACCAUCACACUGGAUGGGACUUUUGAUGCAAAAUUUACAAAUCAGCUUCGAGAUUCUCUCCAAGAUCUGAAGAGAUCUCUUGAUGAGCUCAAAGAUAAGUAG